AUGUCAUCGCCCGACGCACUCCCCUACCUCCUCUCAAAGGCCCACCACCUCCCCACCCGUCCCGCAUCCCUCCCCUCCCCGCCCCUCUCCGUCGCUUCAGACUCGGCACCCCCAGACUUUGACAUCGACUCCCUCGUCGACCUCGCCACCACCCCGCAGUCCACCACCCUCGUCUCCCCAAAGACGGCCACCGUUUCCCCCACCACCGCUUUUACCUUUGACGCCGCCGGUGACCUCGACCUCGUCUCCUCUUCGGCCGCAAACCCCGCCGGUGCCACCACCGUCGACGCUCUUUCCAAGCACCACUUUGAGCGCUACCUCCACUACCGCGCUCUCGCUGCCCAAGCCCAGGCCGACCUCUCCCUCUCGUACAUCAACGGCCACCUGAUGGCUCCUGACGACCUCCCUUCCCUCAAGGACCGCAACAUGCUCGCCAUCCAGCAGCAGCAAUUCGUCCCCUCGCCGGCCACCCAGGCCCCGAGCCUCUGGAACAACCAGAUCUUCACCUACCAGCAGCAGCAGCAGGCCCAGCAGGCUCAGCAGCACCAGCAGCAGGUCUUCCACGCUCAGCAGCAGGCUCAGGCCCACCUCCAGGCCGCCGAGGCCGCACAGGUCCAGGCUGCCGCCACCCAGCGCAUGUACUACAUGCCCCAGCCUGCCCGUGUCGACGCUGCCGGCCUCAACGCCACCCAGCAGCCCCCUCCCCUCUGGUCCCGCCACUCGGGUAGCACCUCGGUCUCGGGUGCCUCGCCUCCCUUCCCUUCCACCCCGACCUACCAGUCGGCUAACGGUGUCAACUCUGCCGCCGACUCGAACGGUCCCUCGUUCGGCGCAGGCCACCACGACAUGGACGGCGACGAGGAGGACGAGCUCGACUUUGGCUCCCCCGGCGGCGAGCACGGCUCCAUCCCCAACCUCCACGGCGGUGGCCGCGGCUACAUCCCGGGCAAGACCCCCGACGACCCCAAGAAGCGCCACAAGUGCCACGUCUGCGGACGUGGCUUUGCUCGCGCCUUCAACCUCAAGUCGCACGUCCAGACCCACGACCCCCUCCGCCCCAAGCCCCACCAGUGCCCGCACCCCAUGUGCAAGCGCUCGUUCUCGCGUCUUCACGACCUCGAGCGUCACCGCCAGGGCAUCCACUCGGACGGCCCCCUCGUCGACGCAAAGCGCCAGGGCGUCAGCCCCAGCGUCGUCCGCGCCCAGUCGCGCAUGCAGCGUCGCGCCGAGACUGGCGGUCUCAUUUGA